CAAAGUCCGUUUUAAAUAAUUGUCGCGGACUUUCUCACACGAGUUUUAUAUUUUCGCUGUCUCUGUAUUCACACUGAGAACUAGUUCGAGAGAUGAUCAGGUGUGAGCAGUGAGUUGAUAUGAUGAUGUGAAUGUGAUUCUUAGCGGAGGAUCGUAUCAGGUGUUUCGGGAGGAUGAAUGAAUCUCUCCGGCUCGGAUUCUCAUGUCUGCUGCUCUUCUGCUCGACUGUUUCUACUCAAGAAUGUAGAUCUGGAUGUCAUCCUGUCCACGGGUUCUGUGACAACACUGGAGAAUGCAGGUGCAGAACAGGUUGGCGAGGUGUGACGUGUGAUCAGUGUGUUCUUCUGUCAGGAUGUGUUCAUGGAUCAUGUGAAGAACCCGCUCAAUGCAUCUGUGAUCCGGGCUGGACCGGUGCUCGUUGUGAUCGAGAUGUUGGUUUGUGUUCAUCAAAGCCGUGUACGGGUAAUUCCACCUGUAUGGAGACAGGAGCGGGAGAAUAUCUGUGUCUUUGUUCUCCAGGAUACACGGGCAAGAACUGCCAUCUGAAGAAAGGAGUCUGUUUAACUGAUGGAUCUCUCUGUCAGAAUGGAGGAACCUGUCUGGACACAAAUGGCUCUGACAGCCGCUCGUCGUGUCUCUGUCCACCUGGAUUCACGGGUCGUUUCUGUGAGAUUGAGUUUGACGUCUGUGAGCCCAAUCCAUGUGUGAAUGGAGGCAGUUGCACCCGUCGUGACCUGACGUUCAUCUGCGUCUGCCCACACGGAUUAACUGGCCCAUUCUGUGAACUCCAUAUCAACAAGUUGAAGCCCAAACCCAGAUAUAAACCAUCAGGCGCAGGUCAUGUGAUGCAGCACUACACCAUACCGGCUCAUGCUUUCCACAAGUUACUGCGGCCUCCGGAGCGAGAGCUUCUGAAGGAGAACGCUCACACGAGUUCUCAGGUCAUCUGUUUCGCCGUUCUGGGUUUACUCACCUGUCUGGUGGUCCUCGUCACAACAGGCAUUGUAUUUUUUAAUCGAUGUGAGACAUGGAUGGCAAACGUUAAAUACAGCCAGCUGUUGCAUCAGCAGCGAGAUUUCCUCCUGAGAGCGUCCAGCGGCGACGAACACUCGGUCAACAUCAUCUUACCUGAGAAAAUCAAACUGAGUCAUUAUGGGAAGCAUUACACAUCCAUAUAAUCUUUUCAUCUCUUUAGCAUCACAAUAUAAUUCACAUCUGCUAAACAUCUUAAAAAUAUCACAUUUACAAACAUUAUAAAUCAUAAACAUCUUAAAGACAUCUGCUGAAUGUCUUAUUGACAUCCCAGAGAGGAAACGUCUUAUAGAUGUACUGCAGAUGAGCAAACAACCUAAAAAUACAUCUUCCAGGUGUAAACACACACGUCAUAUAGACGUCUGGGUGAUGUACAUGUGCUAUCAGGGUAAUAUGAUUCAUGCUGUUUAUGUAUUUAAAGAUUUUUACGUGUUUUUGGAACAUUUCUGUAUCUUUCUGUAUUAAAGACAACAACAUGUGGCUCUCCCCAAUUUGAGAAACCAGUGGAAUACUCUAGAAAUGCCUUUUAAGACAUAUAAUUGGAUAUUCUAAUAGUUUUACAUUGUUAUUUCCCCAUAAUGUUCUACAGUUGUGUAACAUCAAAUUGCUUGCACCCAUAUCAUUAUUUUCAGUCAGUGAAUUCUGUGUUUUUGUGAUUGAAAUGUCUUUGGUUAAGGAUGCACAUGUUUUAAUUACCAGUGUCUUUAACUAACCAUUCUGUAAAUGUACUGCAGUUCAUGCAUGAAAAACAGCUCUUUCUUUUAGCACUAAUUAAGCCAUCGUUGUCAUUUGGCUAUGAACAAUGUACAUUAUUAACACA